AUGGAAGAACAUUACACAGUGAUUUUAGAGAAAAUGUCCCAAUUAAUUCUGGAAAAUAUACCAAAGGCUGACUAUUCCAGUUUAUUCAAUGAUUUUGUUGAAUCUGAGUUUUUUCUGAUUGACGGAGACUCCUUGCUUGUCACGUGUGUAUGUGAGAAGUCACGUAAGCCGGGGCAAAGUCUUCACUUCUUCUAUGUGGUUGAGCGCUACCUGCUGGAUGUCAUUAGCAAAGGAGGGCAUUUUGCCAUAGUUUUCUUCAAGGAUGCUGAAUAUGCAUACUUCAGUGUCCCUGGACUUCUUACACUGAGAACUGCUUUAAUUAUGCACCUUCAGAAGAAUACUGCCAUUGAUGUUUGGACUGAAUUUUCUGGAUGCUUGUCAGAAGAGUGGCGUAUUUCCCUUGGUCAGAGAUGCCCAUAUUUCUUGAUUCUUGCUGAUGAAGGCCUGAACAACCAGCAGACACACCUUUUCAACUUUAUAGCCAUUCAGUCUUGGGCAGCAAAUGUCAACAUCGUGCUCUUCUCAGGGCAAAGAUCUGACAUCCUCCGUCUUUAUGCAUAUUUUAUGCAAAGCUCAUAUUCAAAGCUGCUGUUUUUCAAGAAGAAUAUGAGGAAAAUUAUGAUGGCUUACAAAACCCUCAUUCGACGGCUAGAAAAACAUAGAGACCUGAAUUUAACAACUCUGUUUGGAGAUUUAAAAUUUAAUAAUAUGGUGGAAAAGGCUUGUGAGACGAUGUCUCUGCUCAAGCAACUCUGGCCAGAAGGCUCUGACAUCCGACGAGCCCUUUGUGUCACUUCAUGUUCCCUCUUCUUGGAAAUGUACCACUGCUUCUUAGACAACAGAGAGAAGAAAGCCUCCAAGCAGACGUGCGAAGACAAACAGGAACAAGGUAGUUGUUUAACCCUGAAGGACGUAGAAGACUUCUGUAAGCUCCAUUGCCUCAGUGUGGUUUUUCAACUCCACCUACCUCUUUCCCAGAGAGCCUGCUCAAGAUUCAUCACUUCUGGUUGGACUGAGGACCUCAAGACUGUCUUUAAAAUGAAAAAGUGGUGCGAGUAUUUCAUCUUAAGUAAUGUGCACAUGUUUGAAUUUUGGAGUUUGGAUUUACUUCACCUUUCUGAUUUACGUGAUGAGCCUUUGUUGAAGAAUAUUGCUUUUUACUAUGAAAAUGAAAAUGCAGAAGGCCUGGAUUUGAAUAUAGGAGAUGCUAUCAAGAAGGACUAUGUACAUCUCUGGGACACAGUGUCAAAGUUGGUAAAAAACUUUGAAGUGGGAAAUGCAAUUCCUUUGAGAACAACAGAAUGCCAUUUUCUGAAAAAGACCCCAUCACCAGUCAAAGAAAGUUCCCAGAAAAAGAUGCCAAAUUUGGGUUUUAUUCCAAUGUCAUGUGCUUUGGUUGAUGAAUUUACUGGAGACAUUUUGAAAGACUUGCCUUUCCUAAAGAGUGAUGACCCCAUUGUUUCCUCGCUGGUUAAGCAUAAGGAAUUCGAUGAGCUUGUGCACUGGCAUUCCCACAGACCUCUCAGUGAUGACUAUGACAGGACAAAGGCCAAUUUUAAUGAGCAUACAAGAGACCCUGAUUAUCUUAGAAGUGUGCAGAAAUAUCAUGUUUUUCAACGAUUUUAUGGAAACUCAUUAGAAUCAGUCUCUUCCAAGGUCAUCACAACUCAAGGUGCUAAGCCUAAAAAUGAUUGCAGUAAAUCCAGGAGCACAAAGACACGUGAGACCAAGGCUGACAUAAUUGCUAGAGAGAAUAAGAAGAGGUUAAUUGCCAAGGAAGAACAAAGAGAAGAGCAAAAAUGGAAUACCCUGUCAUCUUCUUUUGAGAAGGAGAUGAAAAGAAAUUUAAGCUCUGGAAUGAAGAAGCUGGAAGAGUUUUUGAAAUCAUGUAAAAGUAACUCAGUAAAAGUUCAGGCUGAAAAAGUUGGGUUAACAGCUUGCUUGACAGCAUGGAAGGAACACUGCCGAGCUGAAGGUGAAACCACAAAAGACUUUAGCAUAGCUGUUGAUAUGAUGAAGAGAAUUCACUCCUUGUUGGACAAACACUCUGAAAUUCUGCAAGAAGCAGAUCAGAAACUCAUAGCCAGAUGUCUUACGUGUUUAGGGUUUGAUGAACUAGCAAGAUCUUUGUAUCCAACUCAGGAUGAAACAGAUGACAUAAAAAUGAAAGAAAAGAACAAAUAUUCAGUUGGAAUUGGGCCAGCUCAGUUCCAACUAAAAUAUAUGGGUCACCAUCUGAUACGAGAAGAAAGAAAAGAUCCAGAUCCCAGGGUCCAAGAUUUUAUUCCCGAUAAAUGGCAGCGAGAGCUCCUGGAUGUCGUGGAUAACAACGAAUCUGCAGUGAUUGUUGCCCCAACCUCCUCUGGCAAAACCUAUGCUUCCUACUACUGCAUGGAGAAGGUGCUGAAGGAGAGUGACGAAGGCGUGGUUGUGUAUGUUUCACCCACAAAGGCACUUGUUAAUCAAGUGGCAGCAACUGUGCAAAAGCGGUACACCAAAAUUUUGCCAGCUGGUCAAGUUGUGUGUGGCGUUUUCACUAGGGAUUAUCGUCAAGAUGCCCUGAACUGCCAGGUCCUUGUUACCGUUCCUGCCUGCUUUGAAAUUCUGCUACUAGCUCCUCAUCGCCAAAGCUGGGUGAAGAGGAUCAGAUACGUCAUAUUUGAUGAGGUACAUUGUCUGGGUGGAGAAAUUGGAGCAGAAAUCUGGGAGCAUCUCCUUGUUAUGAUCCGAUGUCCGUUUUUAGCCCUUUCAGCUACCAUAAGCAACCCUCAGCAUCUUACUGAUUGGCUCCAGUCAGUAAAGAGGUACUGGGAACGAGUAGACAGUACAAUGGAGAAAAGGACUUUUUCCAAAACAAAUGCUGGUGCCCGUGGCAGUCGUCACAAAGACCAAGCACAAGCCAGACAGUCAUACGAAGUUAGACUUGUGAUCCACGGAGAGAGAUACAAUGACCUAGAGAAGCAUGUGUGUUCUGUGAGACAGGGUGAAGUUUGCUUUGAUCAUUUUCACCCAUGUGCCGCACUAACCAUAGAUCACAUUGAAAAGUAUGGAUUCCCUUCUGACCUUGCCUUUUCACCUCGAGAAAGCAUCCAGCUAUAUGACACUAUGCUUCAGGUUUGGAAAAGUUGGCCCCAGGCCCAGAAUCUGUGUCCAGAGAACUUCCCUCUUUUUAAGAACAACGUGGUCAUUAAAAAAAUGGAUGUAAGAAAAUAUGAGGAGAGCUUAAAGGAAGAAUUCACCAACUGGGUUAAAAAUGGGAACCAGGAGCAGGCCAGAAUGGUGCUACAGAAGCUGAGUCCCGAUUUUCAUGACCACUCAGGACGGAUACUGUACUUCUUUCCGCAUCUUGUUGAGAAGCUCAGGGAAAUGGAUAAGUUGCCUGCGCUCUUUUUUUUAUUUAAUUUAUACUCUGUAGAAGAAUGUGCUAAGGCUACUUGGAGAUUCCUGAUGGAAAAGCAGGAAAAGAAAAGGCCUCCUGAUGCUGAUAAAGAAACUCAUAUCAUGAUGAACAAACUUCAAAAAGUUGGAAAAUCUUUGAAGAAACAAAAGAUAAUAGAUGAAAAAAGUCAGAAACUCUCCAGAUUGGAUCAAAUCAUCAUGUAUGAAGCUGAACACAAUCAACUUGUGAAGAGUCUGAAGAAGAAUCUGGAGAUUCCCCAGGACUGCACGUAUGCUGAUAAGAAAGCAAUAGACAAUGAGUCAUUGCAGAUGGUGUUUAGUCGAGUGAGAUUCCAAAGACAUGGUCCUUUACUCAAGACUUUGGCAAGAAGGGGCAUUGGCUUUCAUCACAGCUCCAUGAGCGCCAAAGAAAAGCAGUUAGUGGAAAUGCUCUUUAGGAAAGGCUUCAUUAGGGUGGUGACAGCUACUGGAACACUUGCUUUAGGAGUCAACAUGCCUUGUAAAUCUGUGGUUUUUGCUCAAAACUCAGUCUAUCUGGAUGCUUUAAAUUUCAGACAGAUGUCUGGUCGGGCUGGAAGACGAGGGCAAGAUCUUCUGGGUGAUGUCUACUUCUUUAACAUUCCAGCGUUUAAAAUAGAAAAGCUCAUAAAAUCCAAAGUGCCUGAGCUGAGAGGCCAGUUUCCUCUCAGUAUCUCACUCAUUCUGAGACUCAUGCUGCUGACCUCCAAGGCAGAUGACCCAGAGGAUGGCAAAGCAAAGGCGCUGUCAGUGCUGAGGCACUCAUUGUUAUCCUUCAAACGUCCCGGAGUCACAGACAUGUUAAAACUUUACUUCUUAUAUUCUUUGCAGUUCCUGGUGAAAGAGGGUCAUAUAGAUCAAGAAUGUAACCCUACAGGGUUUGCUGGCCUUGUAUCACAUUUACAUUACCAUGAACCGUCUAAUCUUGUUUUUGUCAGUUUUCUUGUAAGAGGUCUUUUCCAUAAUCUUUGUCAGCCAACUCAUGGAGACUCAAAACUUUUCUCUGAAGAUGUAAUGGAAAAGCUGGUUUUAGUAUUGGCAAAUCUUUUUGGAAGAAGAUAUAUUCCAGCCAAGUUCCAAGAUGCUAACAUUAAGUUUGAUCAAUCAAAGGUGUUCCUUGAUGACCUCCCUGAGGACUUCAGUGAGGCCCUGCUUGAGUACAACACUCAAGUGACAGAGGACUUUGCUGCUUUUCUGCUAAUUGUGUCCCGAUUGGCUGAUAUGAAACAGGAAUAUCAACUCCCCUUGUCAAAAAUUGAAUUCACAGGUAAGAAACAUGAAGACUCACCACUUGUGUCUCACCUGAUGAGCUGCAGGGAAGGAAGGAUGGCAGUUUCACCAUUUGUUUGUCUGUCUGGAAACUCUGAUGUGGAUUUGCUUCGUCCAGGAGUUUCAGAUAACGUUAUUCUACACACAAUUGGUAUCGAUCAUAUCGAAGCCCCAGUGCUGUGGCCACACAGAUUCGAUAGUACUGGAAGAAAAUUGCCACUUAAUGCAUAUGCACUUGACUUCUAUAAGCAUGGAUCCCUUGAGGCAUUAACACAGGACAAUGGGAUACAUUAUGGGACAGCUUACCAGAUGUUGAAAGAUUUUUGUCUUACCAUUAAAUCUAUCAGUGUCUCCUUACGUGAACUGUGUGAAAAUGAAGACGACAACGUUGUUUUAGCAUUUGAACAAUUGUCUGAGUCUUUUGCUGAGAAGUUUGGAAAAGUGUGA